UCAUGAAAGUCUUCUUGUGUAUUUUUGGACUAGUUGCUGCAGCCGCACCAUUGAACGCGUUUUUCCUCGAUAAACUUAUAGGAGGUGGUGGAAGUAAUAUUGGUGGAUAUAGUGGUGGAUAUGGUGGUGGUGGAUUUGGAGGACUAGGAUACGGAAGUGGUGGAGGAUACAGUGGAGGAGGAUAUGGCGGUGCAAAUGUCAAAAUUAUCAAAGUGAUUAUUCCUGGUGGAGGGGGAUUUAGUAGUGGUGGUGGUGGAUAUGGCGGUGGUGGAUAUGGUGUUGGUGGAUACAGUGGUGGCGGAUAUGGUGGAGGUUAUUCCGGUGGUGGCACUUAUUCUGCUGGUCCAGUGAUUACUCCUGUUUAUACACAAGUUGCCACACCAGUUGCCAGUUAUGGAGGAGGAUAUUCAUCAGGUGGAUAUGGUGGUGGAUAUGGAAUUAAUUCCGGGUAUGGAGGAUACAGCUCUGGUGGAUAUGGUGCCGGUUAUGGAGGUGGAUAUGGAAUCAGUUCUGGUGUUGUUCCAUGCUAA